UUCCGUUUAAUGUUUCCCACAAUGCAAUGCGGGCCGAAGAAAACACGGAAACAUGGCGGACGACGUUUUGCCAAUUUUGAUGCCGAACAUCGAAGGAAACGGAGACGAUUCGUCCAGUGACAGUGAGAGGGAGAGAGAAGGUGAGGACAAUGCAGAUGGUCAAGGGGAGGAACAACAGGAGCAGCAACAACAAGAGGAGGAUGGGGACAACGAGAGAAAGAAGAAAAAGAAGGAAAAGGACAAGAAGAAAAAGAAGGACAAGGAUGGCAAGCGCAACAUAAACUUUGAUCAGUCCCUGCCUGCCAGCCAUACAUAUCUGGGUAGUGACCAUGAGGAGUACAGUGGCAGGACAGUGCUGGAUGAUGAGAGUUAUGUGAACCUGCCCCUGCUGACCCUGCCCAGUGUGGUGCUGAUCCCAGGACAGACCCUCCCUCUCCAGCUCUUCCAGCCACAGACCAUCUCCAUGAUGAGACAUGUCAUACAGAAGGACAGGACGUUUGGGCUGGUCACAUCCAGAUACCUAGACACUUCAGGCCCAACUCUUGCCAACAUCGGAACCACAGCCGAGAUAUUUUCUGUGAAGGAAGAGGAUGAGCAUGGGAUUGAGACUAUGAGGAUUAAAGCCAUGGGACGACAGAGAUUUCUCAUCCUAGAAACUAGAAGACAAGCUGAUGGCAUUACAAUUGGAAAGGUGAGGAUCCUGCCAGAAUGGGAGAUGCCAUCAGGGCUGGAGGGGGCAGAACUGAGAUGUCACAGGCUGAGUUAUGUCCCUGAGAUCACUAGUACUACAGCAAUGGAAGUGGCAGCAUGUGGAGGACCUGCAGGGGACAGGCAGACAGUGGCAAGGAGUACGAAGAACAAAUACAGAGCAGCAGACUGGACGUGGUUUCCACCAUGGGUGUACAGACAAUAUGACUGUGAUGUGUUAAUGGAACUGGUGAAACGUGAGCUGUAUAGCUGGAAUGAUACUCUACAGGAGAACAUCAUGCCCAAUAACCCUUCAGAUUUCUCCUUUUGGGUGGCAGCCAGCCUCCCCCUGGAUGAUGGACUGCGGCUGCACUUACUCAGCAUUAACAGUACAGUACAGAGGCUGAGAUGUGAGCUCAGCAUUAUGCAGAAGUGCACCAUCAUGUGUUGCAGAGACUGUGGCAGUCAGAUAGCUGAGAAGAAAGAUGUUUUCAGCAUGUCUGUAGCAGGCCCGAUGGCUGCGUAUGUUAACCCGGGAGGUUAUGUUCACGAGACGCUGACUGUGUACCAAGUCACGGGCAUCACGCAUCACGGCAGGCCAUCCACUGAACAUAGCUGGUUUCCUGGCUAUGCGUGGACGGUAGCGGAGUGUCGGCAGUGCAGACACCACCUAGGUUGGAAGUUCACCCCUGCUAAGAAGAAGCUGAAGCCGGAGAAGUUCUGGGGUCUGUGCAGAGCGUCACUGUUACCAGGGUUACGUAGCGAUGGCGGAGACUCUGAGGAAACUGGGUGGAUGCCAACAAUGUGAAGCAUCUACAUAUAAGUAGCUGGAUUAAAGAAAGUCAGUGCUACCACACACUUCCAUGUAUGGUGCAGAUGCCAUGCACAAUACUCUUAGCAAUGAAAGGCAAACUCCAAAUUGAAGCAAAAGGAACAACUGAACUUAGGAAAAGAAUUAUAGAAAAAACAAUAUAUUUCAUCCAUACCAUGGUAUGGAGUGAAAUAUAACUAACACAAACAAAAGCUUAGAAGACCUCAUUUUACAAUGCACACAAGUAGUUCAUGUCCAAAAAGUAGAAGGCAGGCUUUGCAAUGGAAGGUUGCUGUUAAAACCCAACAGGUAGCUGGCAAUGGCUAGAUGGAACUUGCAGCUUAGAUGCUUGUGUCAUCACUGUUAGAACAUUAAAAUGAAGAUAGUUUAGAGUCAAACCGUUGAGAUCAUUGAU